GCCCAUAUAACCUUGGCGGGUCAGAUCGUACGUUGACGCCCACCAUCAUCAAUUCCAACCCAUCAUCACAGCGGCGGGUCUAGAUUACCGCCGCCAUGCCAAACGAGGAACUGCCGUUCUGGCUGGUCAAUGUGCCUGCGGACCAGCGGCCCAGCGAAUGCCCCGACUUCUUGACUGGAUGUAGUGAGAAGGACAAGCGGAUUAUUGGCACGCCAGAUGAGGAGUAUCAGGUCUUAUCGUGGGCUGAGGUGCGGGAUAUAGUCCAGAACGAUAGGGUGGACAAGUUCCAUCGUCUGCCCAGUGAGCUCAGACGGUAUCGUCAGUUCACAUACCAUCUCGAGAAGGAGUAUGGCAGCAUCAUGAAUUUCAUUGUCAACGAACGGUUGAAGUGGACGACGAUGGAGCCGCGAGGGGGGCCAUUCCAGUUCACCGACGAUAUCAAGAUCCUCUAUAACGACUGGCCAUACGGCAUUGACUCCGACAUUGUGCACCUGGUUGUCUGGACAAAGUUUGAGCUUGAAGAUGACCCCGAGACGGGCCUCUCUACCGAAGUUUCAAAAAAGCAAAUACACGACUAUGUGCAAAAGACUUUCGCCCCGAAGGUUAAGGAACUCGUCUGGUUCAAGAACUGGAAGAGCCUGAAGAGCGUCCACGCAGUCGAGCACUUUCAUGUUAUGCUGUACAAACCCGACCCAGAGUUUCUUAACCAGAUUACCAACGGCGACGUGCCGAUGACAGACAAGUUCGGCACGACGUGAGUACCGGGUCAAGGCGUCGCAUGUUUGGGAGAGGCGUUCGUGAUCAUCUCGUCUAGAAUUCGAUAUAGACAUGGGCUGCUUAUUAGGUUAUCGUCUGUCAGAUUGCACUGGCGGUCUGUUCUGGCGGUCAUAAAGCACGGGUAGAUGAGGCGUUGGCGUCGCAGUUCUUGUUUAUCCUUUCUCUAUAUCUUACACUUCAGAAAAGCCGGUUUCGUUGAGU